ACGUCCUCAGAUAAUUCCUCUGUGCGGGGCUGGUCAGUUUCCGUGGUAACCACGAUAUCCGAUUCCCCACUGACGGGACGGUCUUGAAUGAAAAGUUCACCCUAUCUAGAUACAAAUCUGAAUCUAGGACACGUUAGAAGAACAACAAAGAAAAAAUUUGAAGCUCUGUACAGCAGACGAUGACCUCCUUAAAAUAAAACGUGGAAUGUUGGGAGAUUGUAAAUAGACAUGGCAGAAACCAAGAUGAACUGUUUGCAACUGGUGAAGUCCAAUUUGUUGGUUAUACUGACCAUGAUUGGCGUGGCUCUCGGCUUUGGCGCCGGAUUUCUAGCUCGAGAAUUUGAUCCUUCCUCUGAUGCGCUGAUGUGGAUAGGGAUGGCAGGGGAGCUCUAUCUCAGGAUGUUGAAGUCUAUGAUUGUUCCUCUUAUUGUUUCAUCUGUAAUAACAGGAACAGCUUCUAUGGAUCCGAAGUCAAAUGGAAAAGUGAGCGCAGUGUGUUUCUUGUACAUCAUUUUCACUAAUAUGAUGCCCACCAUCAUAGGGAGUGUCCUAGUCAUAGCAAUCAAACCAGGUGAAGGUGUUGCAGAUUCAAAGAGUCAGUAUAACCUGACUACAAACCUCGAGACACAGGACAUAUUUGCAGAUUUAUUGAGAAACUUGGUACCCGUGAACUUGGUGUCGGCAACAUUUGAACAGGCUCAAACCAAGUACAGUUACGAAAAGGUUGCAUCAAAUAAAUCUGGAAAUGUUUCGCAGACUACCAUCGUCUCCAAAAGUGUUGGAUCCGCACCCAGCUCUAACAUAUUGGGCCUCGUCAUUGUCAGUGCGGUAUUCGGUCUCGCAACCAGCCAUAUGCAGGACGUGGGAUACCCCUUUAAACAGUUCUUUAGUUCGGCUACUGAGAUCAUCCUUAGGAUACUUCGCUGGCUAAUAUGGUCUACUCCUGUUGGAGUGUUAAGCUUAAUUGCAAAGACUAUGGCUGGAUCUCAGAAUCUUGAGGACGAUAUGCGAAAAUUGGGGGUGUACUUCGGAACAGUGAUGACGGGGCUAUUGAUAUGUGGAUUCAUCAUUCAACCAAUUACUUACUUCAUCGUUUGUCGAAAAAAUCCAUUUGUCUUUUGGUUUUCUAUACUUCAACCCACUAUGAUAGUUUUUGCUACCUCAAGCACCGCCAUCGCCAUACCGGAGUCGUAUGAGUGUUUGGAGGAGAAGAACAGCCUGGAUAGAAGAGUUACUCGUUUUGUGGUCCCUCUGUCAGCUGCACUGGGUCGAUGUGGAAGUUCUAUGUACAUCACUGUGUCCUGUUUGUUCGUAGCGCAGCUCGUCGACAUAGAAGUGGACUUUUCCAAAGUGGUCGUAGUAUGCAUUCUGACCACGUUUUCCACCUUGGCAGUACCCUCUGUGACUGGAGCAAGUCUGAUAACAGUCAUCAUUCUACUCACAGCCCUAAACAUACCCGCUGAAGCUGCCUCUCUUCUCUUUGCCCUUGAAUGGUUUCUGGACAGAUUUCGAUCAGUGGUCAAUUACUACAUACAAACACUCGGUGUGGUGAUCACGUUUGAAAAGUGCAAGUCUUCCCUAACGUCCUGUGAGGACAAACUUGACGUCGAUCAGGAACAAACGGAUGCCAUCGUGUCAGUCCCUGAUGGUGACAUACCCAAGAAUUUUGAAAGAACAACCCAAGAACAAUCCCACUUGUAACAUAUAUACAUAUGAUUUGGAAAAUCAACGAUUUAUCAGUCAGAAAAAUAAUACUCAGUUUUUUUUUGUUAAAGGUAAAUACUAUAUACGCUAUGUAGCAUUUUAUUGACGUGGAUUAACUGUGAUGGUGUACACGUUGUAUUUAUGUGUAAUUUGAACUUUAACCUUUUCAACAGGCA